AUGCCCCCCACCCCCGAGAAAAGCAAAGAAACCCUAGAAGCCAAAUCGGCCUUCAGCGCGACGCUCCUCAACAUCGGCGGCACACAUGCCUCUCCGCUAGUGGAGCGCGCACACACCAUCACAGAGAAUGCCGCGGCGCUGGACAAGCAGCAAGCGGAGCUGGAAGCACAUACGGCUGCGCUGGCGAAGCAGAAUGAAAGCUGGGAUAAGUUGGCGGGGGAGGCGCGGGAUGGGUUGAAGGAGAUUGGGGACGUGCAGAAUUGGGCGGAGGUGGUGGAGAGGGAGUUGUUGGUGUUGGAGGAGAUGAUGGGGUAUGUGGAGAGUAAGGGAGAUCAUGAUCAUGAUGGUGGGGAGGGGGAUGGGGAUGGGAUGAAUGGGGGUAUUGGUGAUGAUAGGAAUGGGGUUGGGAAGGGGAAGGGGGUUAGUAGUGAUACUGUUGAUGGUGGUGGUGGUGGUGGUGGUGGUGGUGAUGGAGGUACUACUAGUGGUAGUGGUAGUAGUGAAAGUAGGAGUGGAAGUGGAUCAUCAUCGUGGUUCAAGUGGUGGUAG